GCUAAUUAAGUGUCGGAUGGCAUCAUAAGCCAUGAGGUACCUUUACGCACUCACGCUUACAUCUCCUGCGAGAACGUCGUCACUGAGAAUACGAGCGUACGCAUCAGAAUGCCAGCUACAACGGAGACCACGAGCUUCAAGUUCAACCACACGAUGCUUCGUAUCAAGGACCCGAAAGCGUCCUUGCAUUUCUACACCGAGAUCCUGGGUAUGACGUUAAUUCGUGAAUCGAACAUGGGCGAUUUCACGCUUUACUUCCUCGCUUACGAGGGUGAAAACCUUUCGCCUGAGGAAAAGAAUGCCAAUGUGUUCGCACGGCAAGGCGUUCUGGAGUUGACGCACAAUCACGGUACCGAGUCAGAUCCUAACUUCCAAGGCUAUUCCAGCGGAAACACUGAGCCCGGUAAGGGCUUCGGUCACAUUGCCAUCGGGGUGGCCAACAUCGAGGAGGCGUGUGCGCGCUUCGAAAAACUGGGCGUUUCAUUCAAAAAACGUCUCACCGAUGGCAACAUGAGGCACAUCGCGUUCAUCUUGGAUCCUGAUGGGUACUGGAUCGAGAUCGUCCCCCACACUUUGAAGGUCUAAGCGAAGUCGAUGAAAAGAAGUUUAUUCAGCGAUCUAGUUUUCCGAGCACUUGCAAACCUACAGCAGUUGACCAUGAGUCGAAACACGGAGGGUUAUUCAUUCAGUACAAUUGAAAAAGGAUACAAAACACAAUGUAUAGUAACAGAGUGCAAUGCUU